AAAAGGGUUCAGAAACAACCAAAUAAACGACUAAAAGACCCUAAACAUGUAAUAGCAGAUUUAUCAGCAAAAAAUGGCGAAUGAAAAACUUCGCUUAUACAUAUCUCAAGUAACAGCACAGGUCGACUGAACCACUACCUUGAAACCUGAUUACUAGAGGUUGAGGGUGGUCAGUUCAUCAUUCUGCGCUACUAUGACGAGAACUGAGGGUCAGAGCGAACGCGCCUUAACUGCAGUGAAGGAUACACUCGAUGACAUCAAAAGCCGUCCUCAUCGCCAGCAGGUUAUUAUAGGUGUAGGAUCAGGACUGUAAGAUCGUAAUAAAAUUUUCAAAUUACUUCCCUAGACUUGCAGGUUAUAUAUUCGCGAAAAUCGGCAGGGUUGCUGCUCUUCUUUUGGGUGGAAGUCUGAUUGCCUUACAAUGCGCCGUCCAACAAGACGUUAUACGUAUCAAUUGGAGAAAAGUAGAACAUGCUGGUCACCAAAUACAGUCAAACACACCUGUCAUCUUCGAAGACAAGCGUACGUCGAAAAAUAAAGUUAGUCAUACAAGAAAUGUGCAUGUCGUAGAUUGUUGUGAAUCAUUGUCCUUAUAUAUACGUAUUAUUGCUGGUGAUAUCUGUCUGCUUAUAAUUUUGUCAUCAAAUUUUACACUGAGCACCAAUUUUUAUUCGUUUUCACUUAUUCCUUUUCUCCAUUUAUUGAUACACAUGAAUAAUCUUAUCAGUUGAAUGCCAUACCAGUAACUUACGAGUAUCUUCUACUCUUAAUGGCCACGUUUCGCAUCCGUAAAGUGGAACGGAACGAAUUGCCACGCAGUUUACUCGUCCCUUAAUUGAUAGACGGAUAUCUCGCCUUCUCCAUAGGUGACGUAAGUUGGCAAAAGUCAAGCGAGCUUUUCGAAUCCGUGCUGAGAUUUCGUCAGACACCAACCUAUUAGGGUUGAUCAGACUUCCAACAUAAGUGAAGUUGUCAACGCGUUCGACUACUUCACUCCCUAUCCUUAGUUUAGGUGUUGACAUAGGCCAGUCCUGAAGCAAUAACUUGGGUCUAGAGGGGAAAAGCAUCCCAAACAUUCUGGCAUUGUCGCUCAGUGCUACUGGAAGACUGCAUUUUAUCAGCGUCUUCACCAAACAGGACUAUAUCAUCUGCGUAUUCUAAGUCGAUAAGUGGAUCUCCUGGAAUAAGAUCAAUACCCGAGAAUUCAGUAGACGAGAAUGUUAUUUCCAUCAAUAGGUCUAUGAUAAAGUUAGACAGAAAUGGAGAUAGUGGACAACCUUGUCAAACACCACUUGAGGUUGCAAAAGCAGAUGACAGUUCGCCAUAAGCUCUGACUCGACUGGUAGUGUUCGAGUAAAGAGCCUUCACAAGGUUUAUGUUCUUCUGAGGUACGCCUUUCACUGACAGACACUGCCAUAGAAUCUCACUCACAGAAUCUCGCGGUCUACGGAGUCAAAUGUUGCCUUUAAGUCAAGAAAAACUAUCACUGUUGGACACCGAUAAGUAUGCCUGUGUUCUAAAACCUGACGAAUGGUGAAUAUGUGGUCGAUGCAGCCACGACCAGGUCUGAAGCCAGCUUGAUUUUCUCGUGUUUGCAGUUCACGAGUCUUUAUUAGGCAUCCGAACAUUAUUGAGGGUAGUAUUUUAGAUUCUAUAUUGAACUUAUGGUUAUUACAGGGUGAUUUUGACCCGUUUUUAUAUAUUGGGACAAUCAGUGAUUGUGACCAGCCAGAUGGGAUUAUGUCCAACCGCCAGAUUUUAGCUAAAGCAUUAGUUCGUUCCGUCCUACUUUAUGGCAGUGAAACAUUGCCGGUAAGAGUAAAUGAUAUUCAUAGGUUACUAGUAUUUGAUCAUAGGUGUCUUCAAAACAUUGUUCGUAUAUCCUGGGACCAUCGAGUAAAUAACGCAGUUGUUAGGAAACGGGUACUAGGUAAGGAUGGCAAAUCAAUUGAUGACGUAGUGAAACUUCAUCAGUUGAGAUGGCUGGGACACGUGUUACGUAUACCCAACCACCGACUGUCUCGACGUGCGAUAUUUUAUGGUGUAGGGGUAGAUUGGAAGAAAGCUAGGAGCGGUCAGACCAAAACAUGGCGCAAAUCCAUAAAGUCACUGACAAGUGGACUGAGUCACGUUGGUAGGUGUACACUACCUGGUUGGGAUCUGCGAAAUGAAAGCAACCGAUGGUUAGAGACCCUGAAUGACAUGGCUCAAAAUAGUCUGCAAUGGCGCAGGUGCAUCCACUCUUUGUGUUCUCCCAAAUUCUAAUCUCCUGAAUCCUCAUUGUCUCUUUUUUUCUCUUCCCAAAUCUAUUUCACUGGAUUAUACUCCGUGAAUAACAUCUUCAAACCCUGAUGUUUCCGACUACUGCUUAUACUCUUACCGCCUCUAUCACUGUUGGAUUAAAAUCGAUAACUGCAUCUCUGUGCUAAUGUGGUGUGGCAACUCGAACUGAUGUACGUAUGUACGAAGUUCUACGUUGUUAUUGACUGACUGACUGAAAGUAUUAGUCAACCUAGUCGCUAAAAUUGGACCACCAUCCUUAAAAACCUCUGACGCCAAUCCAUCUAGACCAGCUGCUCUCCCUCGUUUCAGAUUAGCUAUAGCUUUCUGAACUUCAGGUAGAGUCGGGGGACCUACUUCAAUGUUCCAUUCACACUGUCGAUGGUACAAGAUUCUAGAUCCUAACCAAGGAGGCCUGCUUGCCGAUUUAACACAGGGUGCAUACGUUGAAGGCUCUAGUAUGUAAUUUGGAGCGAGUUUUCAGUAGACCUGAGACAGUGUUUCGCGCACCAGAAUCGUUGGCUAUGGUGACACUUGAGGAGGAAGUCAAAAGAGCAAGUUUAGAGUUGAAAGUCGCGGUAGGAGGAAUAAUAAAAAUUGAACAGGGAGAUUGGUUAUAAAUGCAGUGAUCUGGAGUGCUGUUAGAGGUAUGAGGGCGGUUAUCACUUCCCUGUUGCCCACACCGCGGAACGGUUCUUCUGGAGGUACCUGAAUAGGAAAUUGGAUUAAAGGUGGUUUUAGUGACGUAAGAGCGUGACCACGGUGCCUAAGGGGCAACUGUUUGAGGUCGGUCAUACACGACCUUUUUGUGAGUAAUUUUCGUGUUAGCUCCGUACUUAUUGGAACCUUACCGCUCGAAACGGAUAUCCGUGUGAUAAUGCGAGGUGUGCAUUUUAGGGUUGACGUUUUCUAACCUCACCCCUUCUUAUGGGAAGGCAGCAUUGCUGUUAUGUUAAAUGUCUGAAGGAAACACCUUACUGCUGUCACACCUCUGUACAGUCAGCAGUACAACUUCGACCUCAGACCUUAGGUUUGCUGUUUUUAAUCUUGCCACUCUUCAACCGACCUGUUUGGCAUGGUAGGACCUUGAGGUAGCAGCAACGGUCGGGACAAAUGUUACCUGAUGUAUGACAUUGUAAGCAAUUGUCGUUGACUUAGCAAUCCUUUCAUUCACUUUGACUAAUGCUUCCUUAGUGUUGUCGUCUACUUAGACAUUCUUCUUAUUUCUAUUAGGAUGUUCCGUUAACAGCCUCAUGACGGUCGAUUCGGUUUGAACUAUCAAUAGAGACUUAACAAUCAUCCAAAGGCUUUGAGUUGCUUAUUAGUGUUUAGUUUUGGCUAUCCAGAACAGUUACCACCUUUGACAAUGACAAAUACCUUAAACGUCCAUGUUAUCUCCAACAGAGUCAUACUGUAGCAUCGACUAUUGGUUUGGAAUCAGGGUUUUCCAACUCCCCUAAAAGGAUGUUCGAACCUACCGACCCGGUUAAAGCGCCAAACAUUCGCUUUUCGUUCUCUCGAUUUCUUAAACAACACCCUCGUCGCAUUUGGGAGCUGACGAUUAUUUCAAGAAGUCGAAAUUGUGAUACAACAAAUUUUUAUAUAAUAAAAACUAUAACCUUAGGGUAUAUGAUGAAAAUAAUAGACUAAAAGAGAAGGUAGCUAAUCAGAUAACAGCAAAAGUCAGUAAGGUAAUAUCAAUUCAAAAAUUUAUAACGACCAUUUUAGCACUAAUAAAAUGAAUACGUUCUCACUGAAUCAUGAACUUUUUAGAACACCUAAACGACUAAUAUACCUGAAAAUAUUGUAUUUCGCAUUAUUGUUCACCCUCCCAUUUUCUAUAUUUCUUAAUGUUUCAAUCUUUUAUUUGGUGUUAAGAAUGGUGCAUUAUUUUGUGUGUGUAAUGAAAAUUAUUUGGUGUUCAUAGAAUUAGAAUGUUGCUGUGUGUAUACAUGAGUGAAUAAUAAUUUGAAUCAUUUGAGCUUUAAGACAAUUAUGAUUUGGAAAGGUCGGUUUUUUGUCUUCGGUUCUCCCACUGGUUACUUGUAGUUGGAAAAAAACCCCACCUUAUAAAACUUUAUUGAAUUCGUGUAUUUGUUAUUCACUUUUUUUUUUCUUACUGUCUCAAUGAACAAUAUAGUGAAAAAAGCUGUCCAAACAUAUAUGUAAGAUAGAUACGAUUAGGAGUAAAAUCAAUGAUAACUGUUACUGGCCUCAUUGUUAUUGUGCGGCUCAUAUGUAUUUAGUGCCCCCUUGUACCAAAUAAAUAUGAAUAAUAGUGUAAAAUAUAAAGCUUUAUAAAACUUUCAACCCAACGUCGUAUGCUAGAAACAAGUAAACGUAUAUUUUUGAGGACUCGGAAAUUCUGAACGAAAUCACAAGAAAUACAAUGAAACUACUGCUUUAUUAGAUCAACCAUUCAGCUUUUUAAUAAACUAAAUUGUUUUAUAAAUUUCAAGUCAUUCAUCAAAAAGACAUUCUACUGUUGACUCCAACUACCAAAGAUAUCUCGGACCUCGUAGUACCUUAUACUAUUCAAUGUCUACAUCUACGUUUUUAACAUUAAAUUUAGUAUAUCAUCCAUUACACUAUAAAACUACACUUCAAAGUUGUUUUAAUAAUAUUACAACAUUGAAAAGUGGUGUUCAUCAUUUUAGAUCGUAAUUGUCCCGCGAGUUAAAAAAAACUCAAAUAUUGAGUAGAUUGCUAUCCGAUGGGGAAAAGUGAUAUUGAUAUGUGCUUAAUCUCUUUCCCUCUCGUUUAUUUAUUUAUUUAAACACAUAAACAUUGGUACGAGGAGGCAAUAAACAGAUAUGCGCCACAUAAAUCAUUCAAUUUGUGUGAGGGCUGGGAUGCUACCCGGGUCCCUAAACCGAAGUAGGUGUUUUCAUUAGUGGGCCACACCUCGAGGCUUCGACCUGAAGGUCGAAUCCACAUGGCAAUAGAGUAACUUCAGGAGAUGCAGUCCCAUGGUAGCCAGUGACCAACGAUUGGUUCAUACGCCAUUUGUUUCCUACGGGUUUACUGGAGCCCAUGUGCCCCAUCGGUUUGGAAUCAGGGUUAUUUUCCAACUCUUCUAGAUGGAUUCUCCAUGUCCAUCAACCCGGCUAAAGCGCCGAACACUCGCUUCUCUCUCAUAUAUAUAUAUAUAUAUUGCAUGUCAACCACGAUAACUAAGAUAUUUCUUACACCCCAUCGAUUCUUUAGCUUUUAAAGUUCGUACAUCUUUUUCGAAGUAUGUGUUCGCAUGUUCAAUUUCAUCCUUAGUUACCGGAUUUCAUUCAGCAAUUGCAUCGAGUUCAGUGUAAUUCAUUGUAGAAAAGAUUUCUCAGAACCAAAUUUGAACUUGAAACUCAUUUGUUGAUAAAUUAGUUAUAAACACUUGAUUAAUUCAAUCAUGUCACAAAUUAAAACAUUUUGAUGUAGUUGCGUUCUUCGAACUGGAUAUUGUAAUCUUAAAGCUUUCAUUAUUUUUCUGUCAUUGACAACUGAAAAGGCCAGUGAUAUCAAUAACCUUAAUAACUUAAUUCUAGGGAUAUAUCAUCAAAUUUUUAAUAACAUAGUCAAUAGUUACCAUGUGCUCACUGGUGACUAGCUUCAUGAGGAAAUUCUCGGAGUUCUAGUGAGAAGCCGUGAUCAGUGGAGCUAAUCCGUGUCGGAUAGAGACAGGUAUCUACCUCAGUACAAUGGAAAAUGGUCGCGCAAUUUUGUGGGUUAGUUGAAGUUAGACAUUAACUCCGUUGGACGCCGGCUCAGUGGUCUAAAGGUUAAGCGUUUGUGCGCGAGACUGAAGGCCCUGGGUUCGAAUCCCGCGAACGGGAUCGUGUAUGCACACUGCUGAGGGGUCGCAUAGUAGGACGAAACGGCCAUCCAGUGCUUCCAGGUUUUCAGUGGUGGUCAAACAUCAAUCAGUUCAUGAUCUCAAUCAAAAACUUAAUAAGCUCCAUAACCCUAUACAGAUAAAGUGAAAUCCUUUUUCCAAUAUCUAAAACAUUUUCUCAUUUCUUUUUUCUUGUAGAUUAUUAAAACAAUUGAAGAAAAUCGUGUAUUUUUCGGUUCGUUCGGUGGGGGGUUCCUAAUUGCUAUUUCAUUUGCUUAGUUUAAUCCCUAUCGAUUUUUUUUGAAAAUGUUUCCAUCUGUGUUGUCAGGCUUCAUUUGUUUGUAUUUAAUAAUCUAAGUUUGUUUGUCAAAUAUUGCUAUAUCAACACGUAUCUUUGUGUCUGUAAAUAAAGUACAUAUUCUCCAGCCUCUCUCUCUCUCUCUCUCUCUCUCUAUAUAUAUAUAUAUAUAUAUAUAUAUAUAUAUAUAUAUAUAUAUCACAGUUUCUAUACACUUUUACAAGUACCAUCAACAGUGUUUGUGUUGAUUUGAAUAAUUUCUUCUUGGGAUACAAAAAUUACUACGGGAGGGAACACUUAGUCCAUAAUAUGCAUGGUUUAAAGCACGUUGUUGACGAAGUUAUUGAACACGCUAGUCUAGAAUCAACCUAGGCAUAUUUCGCCGCUUAUGAGCGUAUGCCUCUAGCCAUGAAUAAUGCUUCUAUUUGGGCGAACCAAAUCCUAGGGUUGUUAGCACCGCAUGUAGGUAGUCUGAACUUAAAGUAUUAUCGUUUGCGUGCGAUGAGUUAAGGGGAUUUAGUGGUGGACAAUCCAUGUCAAUAAGUUUAUUUGGCGAGUACAUAAUGUGAAAAAUAAACUUAUGUACCAAGUAAAAAUAUAAGCAAUAUAACAACUGUGAUAAACUCGAGGCUCACCAGACAAUUGUGGUGGACCAAAUAAUAUAUGAACUCAAAAAUGAUAACCGAGUUACCAAGUACAAAUAGUAAUGUCAAUAUAUAUCAGUUAAACGUUGUAAACACAACAAAAGUAGAGGCUCUACUUAAUUCAGCAGGUUUGUGCGUGUUCCGGUUGAGUUUAGUACUGAAUCCACAAUUAUAGAUGAUUGAAGAUUCCAGUGAGAUUGAUGUCCUUCCAGUGAUAUAACCAAACGUAGGGUGCGGUAUAGUAGUCGAUUUAGAGUUCAGUUAACACAACCACGAGCAAACGGAGAACAAGAGGUGUGUGUAUGGCAGUGCACUUGUUAGUAGGUAACAACGUGUGUCAUACUAUAAGUGUAACACGACGGAAGAAAGUGUGUUCAAGGUCAUACACUUAAACGAC